GCUGCUGCUGCUGCUGCUGCUGCGGCUGACAACAGCACAAAUGGCUCUCACCCUUACAAGCUGAUCAUUGGCUUCCAGGCUCCCUGGAACAUGUCCUUCCCUUUCAGCGCCCAGCGCCUGGGCUCGGCCAUACAGAUCGCCGUGGAGAAGGUGAACACCAAUCCUGCCUUCGUGGGCAACUUCAGCGUGGAUUUUGUGUUCACGGACACAGACUGCAAUCCCAAACUGUCCCUGGGAGGAUUCAUCCACCAGGUGUGGAAGGAGAACGUGUCCGCACUGUUCGGUCCAGCUUGUCCAGGAGAGGCCGAGGUGACUGGUCUCAUCGCCUCGGCGUGGAACAUCCCCAUGUUCGGGUUCGUGGGACAAUCGUCCAAAAUCGACAACAGCGGCAUCUAUGACUCCUACAUCAAAAUCGUGCCCCCUCUGAAAAGAAGCUCGGAGGUGCUGGUGAAGACGCUGGAGUUCUUCGGCUGGAGUCACGUGGCGAUGAUCGGAGGAGGACUGGAAUCGAACACCUGGGACAAAGUGGACGCCUUGUGGAAAACGGUCGAGGAUCCGCUGAGAGCCAAAUUCAAACUGACGGAAGCCGUCCAGUUCGACACCAGCAACGCUCAGCUGGUUAACAGAAACAUCAAGUACAUCUCAACAGUGGCCAGAGUGAUCGUGGUGCUGUCCAACAGAGAGGACUCCAUGACUCUGCUGCUGGAGGCCGAGCGACAGGGGCUCAUGAAAGGAGACUACGUCUUCUUCCUGGUGCAGCACUUUGAAGUCAGUGGAGGCGUGGAUAACUUGUGGAAAUAUGCCCUGAACAGCUCAAUGAACCAACGCUCACGGAAAGCUUUUGACAUGGCCUUCAUCAUCGGCCAGAAAUCCUACGAAGGCUACGAGUACUACGACUUCUUUGAGCAGGUGUUCCAAAGACUGAAAGGAAACCCAUUCAGGAGCAACCUGACAUCUGCAAGAGAGGUGAGCCCGUACUCGGCCUACCUGCACGACGCAGUGCUUCUCUACGCCAUGGGGCUGAAGGAGACCAUCAAGGACGGGAAAGACCCUCACGACGGAAGGCAGCUGCUAAAGAGGCUGAAAAAUAAAAACAACAUUCGGUUUUACGGUGCGUCGGGACUGGUCCACUUUGACGAGGAGGGGGAGAGAAAUCUGGACUAUUCCAUUUAUGACCUGCAGUACAGAGGCGACGUCAUCAAGUUUGUGCCCGUUCUGAAUUUUGACAGCGAAACCAAAACUAUUCGGCCAACGUCCCUGUUUGCCUCUGUGGUUUGGCCCAAUGGACGAAUUCCCUCAGAUAAACCAGAGUGUGGCUUCAACAACGAAUUCUGUGAAUGGCUGAACAACGACAUCGCCCUGCUCGCCCUGCUGGUGACCUUCCCCCUCAUCGGGGUGCUGGGAGUUUUGUGCAUCGGGUUCCUCAGUCUGCAGAAGUUCCGGCUCCAGACGAGGCUGGACGACUCCUGCUGGUGGCUCAUCGACUACAGCGACAUCACCAUCAUCAGGGAGCUCUCAGGAAAUCAGGCUUUAUCCCUGACAACCACGGGCAGCCAGAGUGGCAGCGGGGGCACUAAGUCCAUCUUCUCCAACAACAGCUACGGCCUGAUGGACAAGGCAGGGAGAGAACACAUCUUCACCACCAUAGGUCUCUACCAGGGGAAUCAAGUGGCCAUCAAGUACAUCAAGAACCCUGUGAGCUGCAAUUUCCAGAAACCUUCAGUUAUCAGAGAGUUCAAUGUGAUGAAAGAGAUGAAGCAUGAGAACCUGGUGCAGUUCUUCGGUGCGUGCAUCGAGCCGCCCAACGUGUGUUUGGUCAUGCAGUACUGCAAGAAAGGCAGUUUGAAGGAUGUUUUGAAGACUUCAGAUAUUGAGCUGGAUGCGAUGUUUAAACUCUCCUUUGCUUAUGACAUUGUAAAUGGAAUGGAGUUCAUUCACAAGAGCAGCCUGAGAUUUCAUGGCAACCUGCGGCCCAGCACGUGUCUGGUGGACAGUCGGCUGCAGAUCAAACUGUCUGGCUUCGGAUUGUCGGAGUUUAAAAACAACAUCAUGCCAGUGGAGACGAUCAAUUAUCAAGAGAUGUACUGGACCGCCCCCGAGCUCCUGAGACAAAUCAGCCUUGUGACCAACGGGACGCCCAAAGCUGACGUCUACAGCUUUUCCAUCAUCAUGUGGGAACUCAUGUACAACUCAAAGGCUGGUCCAUACCCUGACGUCAACCUGGAGCCCAAGGAGAUUAUCACGCAGUUGCGGACGCCUUUCCAAGGGGAGCCGCUGCGACCAUGGCUGUCCGACGAGCUGUGUGAUGAGAGCAUCAACUUACUGCUGCACGCCUGCUGGAGUGAGAACGCUGACCACCGACCUCCAUUUGGCUCGAUACGGAGACAGCUGAGGGACACCAGCCCGGACAGUCACACAAAUAUCCUGGAUAACAUGGUGGAUAAGUUGGAGAAAUAUGCAAAUCACUUGGAGGAGGUGGUGGAGGAGAGGACCAAUCAGCUGACAGCAGAGAAGGCCCGUGCAGACAAGCUUCUCUCCAGCAUGUUGCCAAGGUACAUCGCAGACCAGCUGAUGGCCGGGAAGUCGGUGGCGCCGCAGAGCUACGAGAUGGUGACCAUCUUCUUCUCCGACAUCGUGGGCUUCACCUCCAUGUGCUCGGUCAGCUCUGCGAUGGAGGUGGUCACGUUUCUCAACGACCUCUACAGCCUCUUCGACGACAUCAUCAAGAUGUACGAUGUCUACAAAGUGGAAACGAUAGGCGAUGCGUACAUGGUGGCCAGCGGGCUGCCCAUCAGCAACGGCUACGAGCACGCUGUGGAGAUCUGCACGAUGGCGCUGCAUUUCCUGAGCGCCAUCAAGGUCUUCAGGAUCCAUCACAUGCCCACUGAGAGUCUCGCCAUUCGCAUCGGGAUACACUCCGGUCCAGUGGUUGCAGGAGUGGUCGGCACCACCAUGCCUCGCUACUGUCUGUUUGGAGACACGGUGAACAUGGCCUCUCGGAUGGAGAGUAACAGCCUGCCCCUGAAGAUUCACAUAUCUCAGUGCACGGCAGACAUUCUGGUCCAGGUGGGAUCGUUUGAGAUGGAGGAAAGAGGAGAAAUCGAAAUGAAGGGCAAAGGGUGUCACAAGACCUACUGGCUGCUGAGCAAAAAAUACUUCAACCCUCCUCUCUUUGCUCAUGGCUCUCCACCGGCUGAGGGUUUCAAACUACACACCGAGAAACCAUGUGUGACCAGGUCCACUGAGAAACGAGCCCACAAGAUCCUGAACAAAGCUCACAUGACGGACAUCGAGAAUCCUACCGUGCACAUUUGA